AUGUCCUCAUACAAGAAUUCAUCAGACGACUACGUCAAAAAAAUUAGCUCAUUAAGUCAUGGCGACCUCGUCAAGAGAUACUGCGAACUCGAGACCGUCAAUGGUGAAAUGGCGAUCGAGCUCGAGGCAUUGCGCAAAUGCAAGGAUAGACAUGAUCGCAUGGAGGAGAAGGCGCAGCGCACGUCGGAGAAAUAUCGCGCCUCUCGUGCCCGUGAGGCCAAGCUUCUCGACGACAAUGUGGAGUUAGUCAGGGACCUCCGGACUACGCUCAAUGAACUCAACGUGAUGAGGGCUAAGGCCAACGCUGCCCCUGAGGAGCCGGUUGUUCUCCCCAGACCACUUGCCGUCCCUGCCAACGACGAGUUAGGCGCGAAGGUUCUCCAACUGAUUGCUGGUCGCGCGAAUGGGUGGACCGUUCCACCUCAUGAAUGCAACCAGGAUAUCUCCAACCUUCAUCUUAGACCACCUUCAACCUCCCGGCCGUGGAUUGUUCCGAGGACAUCAUUGACCAAGCCUUCACGCACUUAA